AUGCUAAAAGAGGGCAGCACCCAUCUCAUCAUUUAUAUAGCCUAGAUGUAACACCUAGUGAGCACUUACAUUUUAAGGAUGGGUGGCUUGGUUGCAGUUUUUCUGACACAAAGCUUGACCUUUUUUUUUUUUUUGUUAUGUUUUAUGAUUUCUAUGUAUAAAUCUGUGGGAGGUCUAAUAAUGAGAACAGAGGCUUCAUCUAAUGCAGAGAAUGACACCAAUUCUGUUGAUUGUUGGCUUCGGGGUAUUCCUCAGCUACCUGCAUUUACACAGAAAGGGGAUUACAUAAUUGGGGGUGUAUUCCAAAUGCAUUACUACAUGAAAACAGUGAAGAAAAACUACCCCAGCCCUCCAGAGCCUCUCAAAUGCACAGGAAGCAUGGAAACCCGGGAACUGCGCUUCUCGCGUGCAAUGGCCUUUGCCAUCAACGAGAUCAACAACAGCUCAGAUCUUCUGCCGGGGGUCGCACUUGGUUACAAAAUACAUGAUUCUUGUGCCUCAACCCCCAUGGCCGUGCAGGUGGCGUUUCAGUUUACAAAUGCCCCACCUUUGUAUAAAAGCAGUAAAGUGUGUUCGCAAUCAGGAAGGGUGUUGGCAGUUAUUGGUGAUUCUGGAUCAACGUCAUCCAUCAGCAUAUCUCGAAUCCUUGGGCCCUUGGACAUUCCACAAGUUAGUCCCUUCGCUACCUGUGCGUGUUUGUCUGACAAGACGCAAUACCCAACCUUUUUUAGAACCAUCCCUAGUGACCAUUUCCAGGCUCUCGCUCUUGCCAAACUCGUGAAACGUUUUGGGUGGACUUGGAUUGGCACUGUUCAGUCUAACUCAGACUAUGGCAACAAUGGGAUGGCCUCCUUUUUACGAGCAGCGCAGAAGGAGGGUAUAUGUGUGGAAUACUCUGAAUCGUUUAAUAGAAAUGAUCUGCAAAGCAAGAUUCAACAGGUGGCUGAAGUGAUUCGCAGAUCUACAGCCAUGGUUGUCGUGGCAUUUACAGCUCCAGAAGACUUGCGGGUUCUGCUGGAAGAGCUGACGGUACAUCCCUCUCCUCCUCGCCAGUGGAUCGGCAGUGAAGCCUGGGUAACCCAUUCGGAGGUUCAGAGAUUUCACCUGCUUGCAGGAGCGAUUGGAUAUGCUAUUCCGAAAUCUAACAUACCAGGUUUUAGAGAAUUCCUUCUAGAUCUUUCACCUGCUAAGGUGGCUGCUUCACACGUGCUCACGGAGUUCUGGGAGGGUGCAUUCAACUGUCUGCUAGAAAAACGAGCUGGCUCAGUGGACAAAGUUUGUGAUGGAACUGAAGAUAUACAGAAGCUCCAAAAUCCAUACACUGACACCUCUCAGCUCAGAAUCACAAACAUGGUGUACAAAGCUGUUUACGCAAUAGCACACGCUAUACACUACUUGGUGUGUAAGAAGAUAAACUCCAAAAUACAUUGUGAUCAAUUCAUGAAAAUUGAGCCAAUUCAGGUCCUUGAUCAGUUGAAAAGGGUGAAUUUCUCUCGUAAUGGUUACCACGUCUCAUUUGAUGCCAAUGGUGACCCUGUGGCCUUCUAUGAGCUGAUUAACUGGCAGAUAAAUGAGAACGGUGGUCUGGAGUUUGUAACCGUGGGACAUUAUGAUGAGUCCCUUUCUCCUGGCCAGAAGUUCAAUAUCAAAAGUGAAAUCAGUUGGGCAGAUGGUGGCAUACAGGUGCCUGUGUCCGUAUGCAGUGACAGCUGUCCACCGGGAACACGCAAGGUUCUCCAGAAGGGGAAGCCGGUUUGCUGCUAUGACUGUGUACCAUGUGCUGAAGGAGAGAUAAGCAAUUCUACUGAUUCAUCUGACUGUUCCCCAUGUCCCAAUGAGUUCUGGCCCAAUGCAGAGAAGAACUUCUGUCGUCCCAAGCUUGUUGAGUUCCUUUCCUUUCACGAGAUCCUUGGAAUUAUUUUGUCAGCAUUCUCUAUAGCAGGAGCCUGUUUGACCAUCAUUACAGCCAUAGUGUUGUUCAAGCACAGAUUUACCCCUGUAGUUAAAGCUAACAACUCUGAGCUGAGCUUCCUGCUGCUAUUCUCCUUGACUCUGUGUUUCCUGUGUUCUCUGACCUUCAUCGGCCGUCCCUCAGACUGGUCCUGUAUGCUUCGCCACACAGCUUUUGGGAUCACCUUCGUCCUCUGUAUCUCUUGUGUUCUGGGGAAAACGAUCGUGGUGUUGAUGGCAUUUAAAGCUACAAUCCCAGGUAGCAAUGUAGCAAAAUGGUUUGGCUUAACACAGCAGAGAAUGACUGUAGUAUCUUUUACAUUUGUUCAAGUUCUGAUAUGCAUUGUUUGGCUUGUCCUGAAGCCUCCUUACUCUAAUAGAAAUCUGACCAUCUACAAGGAGAUAAUAAUUCUAGAAUGUGCAUUAGUCAGCAAUAGGUUUCUGGGCUGUGCUUGGGGGGAUCUGAGGGAAUGCAUAAAGGAGACCCCUCAGCCAGAUGUUGGCGAGAGUGUCUAUCCCAAGCGUAGCACUGGUCUCUGCCAAGAAGAGCCAUGGGGGAUGAGGGUGGCUAUCUCCUAUGACAAACGCAAGGCCCUGACGAGGUCUGCGACCGAGGUCACCCUGACCCCUGUUGGUGCUGGUGGCCGACGGCGGAACUGCAACCUUCAUAGGCACCUGCUCAAGCCACACCUGACGUCGUGUCACUACAAGGAUGGACAUCAAGCGGCCAAGCUCCCCAGACAUCAGACCAAAGGCCUGAAGUGCCGCAUCGUUUGUGUCCCCAAGCUCUCUCCCUUCAUGCUCUGGCUGCAACAUUUGAGACUGAGCAAGGAUGAUCACAGAGAGGGAGUUCCCAAUACCGCGGAGCUCAGGCCAUGGAGCUCAGGCCGUGGAGCUCAGGCCGCGGAGCUCAGGCUGCAGAGCAAUGGCUGCAGAGCACCGGCUGCGGAGCCCCUGCGGCGGAGCUGGAUCCACCCGGUGGUGGAUAAAAAUGGACUUCACUCGAUUGAGUAG